AUGAUUUACUUACUCUGUAAGAAUAUUCUCCAUGGGAGACAUAUUGUUAGAGCUUCUAUAACUUACGAACGGCUCUUUGUUCGAAACCCAUCAUCUAUAUUUCUCAAGUUCAUCUCCAAUGGCGCUGGUGCAAAUCAUUACUCAUUUGCAGUCUCGUAUCUCAUAAACUCAUGUGGGUUCUCACCAGAAUCUGCUUUGAGAGCCUCCAAAUAUCUCCACUUUGAGACCCCAGGGAAACCUGACUCAGUUAUUGCUUUUCUCAAGAACCAUUGUUUAUCUGAAACCCAAAUUUCAACUGUCAUCAAGAAGCUCCCAGAUGUGCUCACGGCUAAUCCUGAGAAGACCCUUUUGCCUAAACUUGACUUCUUUUACUCUAAAGGGUUUUCAAGCGCUGAAAUUGCCAAAGUUAUUACUUCUCAGCCAUUCAUUUUGAGGAGAAGCAUAGAGAAUCAAUUGAAUCCUUGCUUUAAUUUCUUUAAAAAUAUGCUUAAAUCUGAGAAGAAGACUGUUGAAGCCAUUAAACGCGGCCCAGGCAUUCUACGUCUUGACCUCAAAAGAACCCCUAUUGUACGUAACAUCAAUUUAUUGAGAGAAAGUGGAGUACCAGAAUCUAUAAUCCUUGACCAACUACGACGCCAGCCUCUGACAUUUUUAACCAACCCUGAUCGAUUCAGGGACAUGGUGGAGGAAGUGAAAGGUUUGGGGUUCAAUCCAUUAAUGUCGAAGUUUGUUCUGGCAGUUUAUGCACUGAGAACAAUGACCAAGUCGACAUGGGAAAUGAAGGUUGAUGUUUAUAAAAAAUGGGGUUGGUCAGAUGAAGAUAUUAUUCUGGCAUUUUCGAGGAAUCCUUGGUGUAUGAUGACUUCGGAGAAUAAGAUUAUGGCAGUGAUGGAUUAUAUUGUCAAUAUAAUGGGACUGGAGUCUUUGUUUAUUUGCAGAAGCCCAGUAAUUCUCUCCUUUAGCAUGGAGAAGAGAAUUGUUCCAAGAGGUUCGGUUGCUCAAAUUUUGUUGUUGAAAGGUUUGAUUAAGGAGCGUAACUUGUCUAGAUUAUUUUCUUAUCCGGAAAAUUUGUUCCUGGAGAAGUUUGUGAAGUGUUAUGAGGAAGAAGCUCCUGAGUUGUUGAAGUUGUAUACUGAGAAAUUGGGUCUCUCAAAGAAGCUAGGAAGUGUAGGGUUGAACAACACCUAA